AUGAAUUUUUGGUUGACGCUUCUAACUCUGGCAAACGGUGAGUCGGGUACAUUCGCACUAAAGAUUGAAAUGAGCACUGAUGACGAAUUUCGACUGGAUAUCUUUCGAAUGUUUUUUUACAAGGUGUAUUUGAAACAUGCUCAGGCCGAUCUCUGACGUUUUUAAAUAUAAAAUGUUUGAAAAAUGAAAAUCAUUCUCCCCAUACAGCACAUGCUACAGAUUACCCGUGGCCUGUAACAUUCGAAACAGCCAUCUUAUUGACCGCUGAUUUAAGGUGCUACGCUGAGAUGUCGAAUGAUAGGAAAUGAACCAGAACAAGCUUAUAGCUUACAACUGCAUGGCAUGUGAAGAUCGAAACUCACAAGAAUUGUAUCGUUGCUUUCGGUAACUGAGUAGAGCCAUGUAUUCUGUUGUCCUCUUUAAAGCCGCAAUACCCAUGUCAGUGUCACAUGCUCAUUUACCACUGCAGCAUUUUGUCAGGCACAGAGGCGCGUUUAAUGAAUUCACCGUAGGUUAUAUGACACAUCAUUUAACCAACUUGAAUAAAUCUUGACGCGGUUGUUUCUCACAUAUGUAUGUGUGUCUUUAAAGGAGCAGCUUGAGUAGGUAGUAAUUAUUUUAGCUAUAAAAAUGUUCUCUAUUCUGAUUAUUUCGAAUACGCUUGGAGUUAAUCACCGACAAAGGCACUGAGAAGGAUAUUUGUUGUCUGAAGUUUUUUGCACUUAUAAUAACCUGUAGAAGUAAGCAAUUCCUAUCGGUUUCUAACACGUAGGAAGACUUCCAAUCCUAAGCUAUCUGAGACCCAUAAGAGCUAGUGUUGACCCUAGACUCUCUCACGUUCCGUUCAUUUGUAAACACCACAAAGGAGAGUUACAGGAGAGUUAAACCAUACUUUUAAUAGAUUGAUAUGCGAGCGCGGUGGGAUUUAAAUGCACGACUUGGUGAGUGAGGCCAUUAAUUUUGUGUCUUAUGUUAACGUGGCUGAAAGCUGUUUCGCGAUUUUACACUCAAGUGAUCUUCUCAGUUGGUUUCGAAAGUCAUGAUCAUUAAGGCAACAGAGAGCUGGCGGCUAAAACUUUCCUAAACACAUUUCUUAUGUAUAUUCUCUUUUGAAAGAGAUAUUUAUCAAGACGACAAAGUACACCUAUUUGAGAUAUUUUGGCUGCUAUUGGACCAUAGAGUUUGUUACCGGUCAGCCUCUAUGACACAGUAAAUAGACUUGGUCCACUGUCAGACAGAGCCAGUUUCGUAUCCAGUGGCGCCAAGUCGGCCGACUUGCCUUUGGUUUUAAUAACGUUUCCUUCAGACGAUCUUUUCAUGAAAGUGAUUUGCGACAUCAGCUCUAAACUUGCACCGUUAACUCCUUGUUUGUUUCCCCAUUAAUCACUGUAAUUUGUAUCUUUAUUAAGCGGUAACCUCUAUAAAGCGGUCACAGUAUUACAUAUAUAUAUAUAUUUUAUAUUUAUAUUAUUAUUUUCAUUGUUUUCCAUCUGUAUCAAACGGUCACUGACAGCGACGCCACUCGAAUAUAACUAAUAAUAAUCUUCCAAGUACUUUUGAAUCCAUGUUUCUCUCCUUAAAUCAAAGUGAGUAGCAUUUUUGAGCGAGAUUUCCUGGACUAAGUGGUCAGUUAUAAAGUAAAGUGGUGCAUUUAAUUUUCUAUGUGAUUGACCGCCUAAUACAGGUUCGACUGUAUGCCUCAACAGUCCAGAAGAAAAUAAUUUCUCCCUGAGCCAAAUUGUCUCUGAGUUGUUAGAGUUUAAUCUUGAUUUCCUAAAAUGAACAGUUACGUUUUGCAAUAGUUCCCGAUAUCUUUUGGUUGAUAUACUAAGGGCGUUGACAUUGAAAUGUCAAGGAUGACUAGUCUACAAUUUCCGGCCCUUGACGAUAAGAAAAGCUCAAACAGUGACAAUGCAGGAUGUCAAUUACGAGACUCAAUGAUUUCUGAAUGCGGGUUUUUUAGUAAAAGUACGAGGAGUUUAUUUGAAUUCUGGAUAGAAACAAGUUAUUUCCUUUUAUAAAUUAUAAAACGACUGCAUAUUAGGGCACAGGGCAAAAUAAAAAUCUUAGCAAGAGAUAUGUACAAUCGCUUGAGUUCACUCAAGCUCCCAGCUCGUUUUUCGGUAUCUCAGGAACGAUCAGGGUUUCUGACCGCCGAGACUUAAAAUUCGAACGAGUCUUCAGAUGACAAACUUAGUUGGCGAACGAAUAAAGGGGGUAAGUUUCUUAAGAGACUGUGAUGCUGUGUCGGUGGGAGAGUAUAACAGGUAGUUUAGUGUUAACAACUGAGUUGAAAACGUAAAUUGACCACUGUAAAGAGUUUAAAGGCUGACGUUUCGAGCGUUCGCUCUAAUCAAUCGCUCUGACGAAGGGCUAAUGCUAGAAACGUCAGCCUUCAAAAUCUUAGUGUUAACACUAGAAUUGGCUGGCAAACGUUAGCUUGUACACAUAAGCCGAUAUCUGAAGUAAUAAACUUACAGAACACUUGGUCAGGUUAGAUGUAAAAGCCACUUAUUUCCUCUUUCAUUACUGGAGCACUAGACAUAAUUCUGUGCAACUAAAGUGUUAUGUUAAGCAGCCUUAAAAUUUUUUUAAAUAAGUCGAUAGGGUAGAAGAAAACGAUGCAUAUCAUUGUCAUUGUUUUAAAGAGUAACCUUAAUUUUUUUUCCACUUUUUAAAAAUAAUACAAGAAAUAAUAAUAAUAAUAAUGAUGAUAAUAAUGAUAAUAAUGAUAAUAAUAAAAAGGAGGUAUUUGAUGCGUAAACGCGUCUAACAUGCGAAGGUCAGGAAUAAUACUGCCCUUGGGAAUAGUGCGGAACAAUUUAUGCAUGAACACGUUUUCAAACUGCUAAAUAAUUUUUUCCUUGUAGUUAGCAAUCCAGCGAAACCUUUUCUAUCAUAGCAAUUCUAGUUCUAGGCGAUAUAGCCUCGCUAAAGUAAUUCUAAAGAUUCAUUCUGUUUGAAUAGGUAACAGAAAAACUACACCAACUAAAGAUAUAUUUACGAGCUCUGAGUUCUAAGUUAAUCCUUAUCACAAAUCCGUCUGCGUAGAUUCCUUUCUGUUGAUUCUCGUUCUAUCGAAAUUUCGACAUCUUUUUUCCGGUAGUUUGGUUAAAUGGGCUUUGUAUUUUCCAUACAAGGAGUGACACGAAAUAAUCGUUGAAAAUUGAACUGCGGAUGCUUAUAUUAUGCUAUAAGAAUUCGCCUAAUAAUUUAUUCUUUCUUGCUUUCGAAAGUAAAAAUCAUAAUAGCACGUUGCCAUAUCAGUUAUGUUAUCUUAAAUUGAUUGCUUUUAGUCCAAUCAGUUUCAUCCUCUGCCAUCUUCUCUGACGCAAAAAGGAAUUUUUCAUCAAGUAUCUUGAAGAAAGGCUUUUAAUUUGGCUCUUUUGAAAUAGCCAAGAUACGAAAGAGUCACCAUGAUCGUUACACAUUAACUUCCUCUUUAGUCCUUUCGAAAGUCAAGGUCUGUUCCAGGUUGCCAUGGCUGUCUCCUUUCUUAAAUGGAUUGUAAUUGGCCCAAAAGUCUCUCUCUCUGCAAAUUUCAAUAUGAUAACUUUUUAAAAAAAUUUUUUUCACUUUUUUAUUUUUUUUAUUGAAAGGCUUUAAAGGAGCCCUUGUCCUAGAUUUAUUGUAGAGGCGCACUAGCUUGGAGUUAAAUGAUGUGUCCAUUGAAAGGUUUUUUCUUUAUUUACACGUAAGCCUUUAAAACCGAUAUGUCUAAACUCCAUAGACGACGGGCACAACUUUUAUAGACGUGUACCUUUACAAGUAAUAGGUAUUUCACAUGCCACAAACAUCGCGCCCAUACAUUGUAAACAGCACCGAAAGUGAUCAAAAAGUACCCGAACUUUAGAGCAUCAAGAGUCAUGCAGGCCCCUAAGUUUAGUUUAUGUUGACCUACCAGCCCAAAAGAGAAAAAAAAGUUAUUAAAAUUUAACCCUAACAAGUUAUUGCAGAUCGCACCACCUCAUAUCCUUAUAUAGUGUAAACAAAUGGUUUUUCAGAUAUUUUAAAAUACAAUAUUUCCUGUUUUAGAUUGCGUGAUUUGUAAUUUGAACGGCCUUUGUUAGCCCGGUUUGGGUUUAGACAAUGUGUCCUAUUGAGGAGCACAAGAAACUUUACAAAGGUGCGGCCUAUCGGGAUUAAAGGAGAAUCAAGAUUAUCAUGUAUAAUAACCCCUACGUUUAAGAAUCUUGCAGCUGGAUUGAAAUCUUACACGAAUGCGACCAAGAGCUUUUAAGAAAAUAAAUUUCAAAUCCUUCAUCUGCUAUCUUAAAUCUCGCACCAAAACGAUCUUUAAAUGUAGUGCGCUGAGAUCGAAACAUAAACUGCCGACGUGGCUGAAAAAAUGCAAGUAAGAUAAAAAAAAAAGAAAAAGAAACAGGGAGCUUGCGUAGCAAGUUCUUGUAAUUGAAAAUGACCUUGUCAAUCAUGUUAUCAAAAGCACUUGGCGGAACAAUGGACUGCUCAAGGUGACUUCGUGCAUGCUUUGUGCAAAAGAGGCAGUUCUAUGGCCACAUCGACCGCUCAUCGACAAGAUUGAUCGUUCAUUUGCUUGUCUAGCCGUGACUGUCAUCAUAUUGCUUUGUGUGAUUUAUAUUGGUCUGUUUAAAAUCUUACGUCAUCUGCGCUGAAACGGAAGCACUAAAAUUCUUUAUUUGGUUAACUGGGGUGACAGUGUUCUGUAUGUCACAUUGGGUGUGAGAUGAACUAACCGGAACAUGCGAUGAUGUGCUCAGGCAAGACCGUUCUCUUUUUCAUUUUGUACGUCGCAACAAACAGUGAGUUUCCAAUCUUACUAAUUACUAGUCAGGUUAUUCGUGACUGGAUCACAUGGAUUACUCUAUGAAAGCAGACUCUUCAGCAAACGGUAUGCGGUUAUCAAAAUCCUUAGUCAUCAAGACAAACCCUAACAUGUCAACAUCGCCUGAUCCAUUAGGAGAACUUUAUUUUGCUUCUCGUGCAGUUGGAGUGAUAUCUGUCAUCAGAUGAAAGAAAAACAAAGUCAUUGUAGAUUAUGCUUGCUCGCUUUAAGUGAAGCAGAAAACACGCGCGUCUUCGAAAUCGCUUGAAUUUCUACAAGUCGGCAAAUGUUUUUCAAAAAUAAGUGGCACUGCAAGACUGAACUGGUUACAAACCAAUCUGGAAAUAGUAUUCUUUCAAAUAUUUUUGUAUUCCCUAUAAUAAACUAUCGUUGAAAUUAUGGCUACAUGUACAAAACAUGGUCAGGAUAAACCAGCUUAACUGAGCUGAUAUUUCUUUUUGUGUGACUAAUGAUGAUGAUGUAUUUGAAAAACUGCAACAUUAUUACACAUGUAUAAUGCUAAGUCAGCGUAAAACUUACCUUUAUAAUGUGAAAUUUGGAUAAUUUGUAUUGAAUUUUAAUUUACCACACUGGAAUAAAUACUUAGUCAGCUUCAUCCAUCUAAAACUUGGCUAGAGGCCAUAACAGGUGGUUGGUUGAACCACAGCAUUUGCUCACAGAUUGUUUUCCUCGUCUCCCCUUCAAAUAUUCACUAUUUGAUUAGACUUGGAGCGAAAAUUUCUGUAAACCAUUUGAAGUCUCAAUCAAUCAUUGCAAUAAAGCAUUGUGUCUUCAUAUUAAAAAAAAAAACGUUAACGACAAUGAGUCUGUUGGAAGCUUUGAAGUGAAUAAUUUGCUGAACGUUUCAUGGCAAACUGUGCGCGUGGUCGUGAUAGGGCAUAAUGUUGUUACUUUUCGUUCUGUAGACAUUCUUUAACAUUUAGAUCUCGACAUAGAUGUCCUCAUAAUUUUAGAUGAUGAUCUCACGCUUCAAGAUCCACUCAAUUCAAGUUAUUCCUGUUAUACAUGUCGUUAUUGAAAUUUUCUCAAGGUGGAGAAUGGCAUUGACUUGGCAUGGAUGACUGCUCUAUAACUUCCGCUCCGCUUUCUAACACGUUAUGUUCCCUUUUGGAACAAAGGGAACAAAGGAACAUGUUCAAAUUUUUGAGGAGCUUUAGAAUUUCACUCGUAAAGCCCACGUGAGAUGAGUACUUAUCAAACGACCAGUGGUUGAGUCAUUGCUUGAGUGGACAUGUUGCUUCAUAGCGGUUGCGACAAUCAGCUCUAUUGUUAUCUUCUGAUAUAUGAAAAAGCAAUGCGGAAAGUUGGUGAGCUCUUUUUGAGGCACAUAGCAUACCUUUGCUUAUAAAAAGAAAUAUAAUUUUUCAGCCAUUUUUAAACUGCAACCUUUGAGUUUAAAUUUCCAUGUUUCAUGUUUAUGAGAUGUGCAAAAAGAUUAUUUGAAGCUUGAUUCCUUACUCCGAGUUUUCGGUUAAGGUUGAAUUACUUUCUUCUGGAAAUUGUAAAAUGAAUGUUCGAGUGAUUAUGCUUGUUUUGCUUUACCGUUAGAGAAGAGCUAAAUUUUAAAGAAAACAAUGAUGGAUCGCGAUAGUUAGAUAAAUCUUUGAGAGACAAAAACAUACGCUUUGACAACUAAUUUUCUGCAUCGUUUACGGCCAUUCAUUGCGGCCUGAUUACAAAGAGUAGAUGCAUUUUUGUAAUUACAUAUAAAGUUAUAUCCUUUACUCAGAGCUAUCUCGAACUUGCAAGUGAGGCCUUCUAAAAUUGGGGCUCAACAUUCAGAUCCCCUUUCACUGUGAUCGUAUCAAAAUCCGAUGCAAUAAGGACGAAUAAUCUGAGAAAUUACAUCAAUAAAAAAUCAACGCUGAAGGUUACGUGUACCGGGACGCAUCUUUCCUGAGCAUAAAGUUCUUUUACUUUAAUGUCCUCUGUUUUAAACUUCGAUGACGCAAAUGACUGAAAGUUUAUCGAGGUAACUGAUUUAUUUGAAUAUUUUCUUUGUAGUUUUGAUAUCUUGUGCCCUGCUGACUGGCGCUGAACACAGUAAGUAAACAGAUCUCGUUCAACAACUGCCUUUGUGCAUCUUGAAAACUAUAAUUUUCAGCUGAAUGAAAGCUAUAUAUUUGUUUCUUUUUUGUCGUUGUUUUGUUUUAUGUUUUAUCUUUUUGAAGGAAACCCUUCAUUGCAUUAGUUUUGCUGAUAGAGCCUGGAUGGACUUAAGGAAAGAACUCGUAGUCUAAUGCAGCAUUCAGUUGGUGAUUAAGCUGUAAUUUCUUGCAAAGAUAAAAGUGUAAACAACCGAAUUUUUUAUUUUACGUCUCUAGGUUGUGACUUUGACUAUGGUUUGUGCAAUGGCUGGGCAAACGAUUAUUACCAGGAUGUUUUUAAUUGGACCAACCUGCGUGGUUCCACUCCUUCAUACGAUACAGGACCAUCCUCUGGCCAUGGAGGAUUUGGUAAGCUCGCUAGUCCUGCCCCUCUGUCCUUCAAACCUUCUGCUAAUUAUAAGUGAUAAAAUGAACUCUGAAUAUGAUUGCAAGUUUUGGGUAGGAAACAAGUUUUCUAGUUGAUUCACACACCUCCAUAUUCGAGUUAUAAAAAAAAAUACACAAAAAAAAUAUAUAUAUAUAUACCUUAAAGGCCAGUGAAAACAAGGUUCAUUUGUGUUGUGACUAAGUAGCAUACACAUUGCAUCGUAAGAGGUUGAUGAUUCUGAAGUUGGCGGUUUUUUUCCUCCAAAACACUGCAUAUGACUUAGUACAAAUGUGUAUGUAUGUGUCUGUGAGUGAAAACGGACCUUAACAUAUCGUUUCCUUCCAGGGGAAUACAUGUAUAUAGAGACAUCUUCGCCUCGGCGUUUUGGGGACAAUGCCAUACUUGAGUAUUCUGUACCAAGCAACGAUGUUGGGAAAUCAUCCUGUUUAUCGUUUUAUUAUCACAUGUACGGAGACACAGUUCAUACCCUUAAUGUAUUCAAUGGAGGAACGAAAGUGUUCACGAAAUCAGGAGACCAGGGAAAUCUAUGGUUGAAGGGAAGGAUUAGUAUAACAACGUUACAGCACAAAGUAAGCUGUCUUUUCACGUAAGAUUAAUAGUUUAAUUAAGGCUCACUUACAUGUGUAUGGUGUAGAAGGAAACACCCCGUUUAUAAGUACGUAUAGAGUACUUUUGAUCCUGGUUUCAUAGCCAUUUUAUUCCGGUUCAAAUAACAAUAGGAUUUAUUCGCGUCACCUACUUUAAGGAAACAUUGCGAGGAGACUCACAACCUUUGCCGCUUGGGCCGAAACGCCAACGAGACACACCCUGCAGGUUACGGAAACGCUAAACACAAGAGCGAGGGUGAAAGAAAUCCUUGAAUUACGUAUGUAGUGAACAAAUGACAAAAUAAGUCAAGCCUUGCCAUCAGAACAUCACACCAUUGCUGGAUUCUUAGUUAGUCCAAUCCAUUUGUGUUUUAGAUAAAGUUCGAAGGAAUCAGAGGUACAAGCUACACGGGUGACAUUGCCAUUGAUGACGUAUCUAUCGUCCCUGGAAUUUGUAAAGGUACACUUGGAGUACAUUAACAUUUUAUCUUUCAGUCGUUUCUCAUUCAUUAAGAAAAAGAGAACAAGGGACUCAAUUUUUUCGAAAGAAUUUAUAAUAGUCUCUGAUUGAACCACAGCAUGAAUUUCUUGUAUCUAGGUCGUGAAAAAACGUUUUUGUCUUUCUAAAGUAUAUAAUUUGAAGGCAGUGCAAUGGUUCGAAGAUUAUGUGUGGUCAGUCAAAUUACUUCAACCAUAGCAUUUAAAAAUUAUCUAAAAGCCUAUCCCUUUGGAAUCUACCUAAAGACAUUUUCGAAGGUGGAACUUUAUAGUACUAGCGAUGUUCAUUUAUUUUUUCAGAAUGCAAAGAGGCGUUGAACCAAUCUUUUGGAAGACUGGACAUAAGAUAUACAAAUAAAUUUGACCCUGACUGUAACUGGUUGAUCGGAAACGGUGGUAUGGCUAAAAAAUUUGCUGUUGUUUCGAUCCAUCAAGUGUACUUUGGCCACAACAGGUAGGUUCGGCGCUUAUGUUAUUUCUUUCAAGUUUCUAUUUAAAAUUCGACAAUUAUGGACAUACAGGUCCACACAAUGUUGGGUCUCGUUAAGCCUCUAAAUAGGACUCUCUAUUGCGAAUAAGAAACUGCUAUAUGUGCUUACAUUUACGGUCUUUACAUUGUCCCUUAGCGAAUACGUCAAAGUGUUUGAUGGAAAUGGGACAGAGGUUGUGUCCAUAGACAGAUGGAAUUCGUCUUCGACACGUUUUCAAGAAAUUUCAUUUGGAUCUUCCGAAAAUGUUACGAUUCAAGCUUCACUUAUCUAUAGUUGGAGUUACAUCAAAAUUGACUAUGGUAUUAUGAAUCAAGGUUUGGAAUCAGGUGAGUAAAAGCGAUAUAAAAGUAAUUCAUAAAUCGGAUCAAUAUCAGUAUCUGAGCAACUGCCCACCUACCCCUCCCCUAACCCAACAACAGUUAAUGUUGGGUUAGGGGAGGGGUAGGUGGGCAGUUGCCCAGCUACUGAUAUUGAUCCCAUAUAUCUAAUUUUAUCGACUCAACUGCGAUUGCAAUUUCACGAUUAUGUUUGUCUUUUAAGGUUAAAAUAUAGGAGAUAUAUGACAAAAUAAUCACAUUUUUCCUCUGAUGUCAACUACGAUCAUAAGAUGUUCUAUAAAUUAUUUCACAUCAGCAAUAGCACUUUUGUUAAUUUUUCUUUCAAAUAUUCAUUUUCCUGAGGAAGCAGGCCUGGCAAACUAUUUUAGGACUGAGUGGAGAGGGUGGUAACAAAUCCCGAUAGAUAAAUAGUGAUUGAUAGUUUAAUUAAUUAACGACUGUAAUGUUAUGUAGCUCGACCCCUCGCUAACUGGAACCUUACUGUGGCGAACAAAACAACUAAAAGUAUACGAAUAUACUGGAAUAACCCAGUUAAUGAGCUCAGCUCUGGAGUAAGUUUCUACGUGGCCAUUGCUGAAAGAAUGACGAACGCUAGCAGCGUAUCCAACGGAAAAUUACUACCUGGAAACACAACAUCAUCUGAGAUAACAAACCUUGAAAGUUACACGGAAUACAGCAUUUACGUUAUUUUCGUGGAUAACAAAGGAUCACCAUUUAAAAGUGCAGUUCUUGCAACCAAGACUGACGAAGGAAGUAAGUUGGUUGUAUUCUUAUGGGUAAUAACACGAUAUCGAGUGCAAUUUGAUGUGAAUAAGACCGAGUAAAAUUUCCAAAGACAAUAAAAUUGCACGAGCCCGAAAAAAAGGGUCACAGAGAGUCAAGAGAGACGCUAUCUGUAAUUUGAAGUCGUGUUACAACUUUGCACUCGUGUUACAUGAAAAUUGCACUCGUUUUCCGUCAAUCAGACGCAAGUAAUUUUUUUCAUGUAUGUUGUUACACGCAUCAUAGAGAAGGAGACGCAAGGACCCACCCAACGUAUCGACUAGUGUAGAGAAGCCGUCUUUGUAUGUACGCUAUCUUACUGAGUAUAAAAAUGGCUUGUAAUCAAUCAAAUUUUAUGAAUAGGCAUGAAAAAGCUCAGAGCCCCCGAUACCACCCUCAGUUAUCAUUUCAUCGACGUGUAAACUUGACAUUGUAGUAUGAAAUGGUCCGCCUACGAACCUGCUAAAGGGGGUAGAGAUUCAAUCAAUAUCAAUAUCACUAUUAAAAUUUACCCCUGAAAAGCGCUGACCUCUUCACAAAAUUGUCUUAAGUCACUAUCUAAGUAAAGGAGCACUUGCCCUUGACGGUUGAGGCAUAUCUCGAACACGAACUGAUGCAUCCUAACAUGAGCAAUCACGUAAAACUCAAUACUGUGUUUUAUUCUUUAAUACAGUCCCGAGCAGAGCGCCAAGUGGUAUACGAGUGACAAGUGUGGAGUAUACAACUAACCUUUUAGUGGAAUGGAACCCUCUAUCUCAGAUCUAUGCAAAUGGGAAGAUUUUGGGUUACAUUAUUUACUAUAGAGAAAGCGACAAUUGGUGGUCACCAUAUAAAACUGUCAAUACAAGUAGUCCUUAUCCAACGCAGUUCGUGUUGAAAGGACUAAAGCCAGCUGAGAGAUAUCGUGUUGCAGUGGCGGCUUUUACAUCUAAGGGACGAGGACCGAUGUCAUACUCUUACUACGGGACAACGGGUGAAAUAAUUCAUUUCAGUUACAAAGAGGCACAAUAUAUAUUUUUUGCAAUUUCCUCGAUGAAGGGUCUUGUCUUAUUGAAAUCACGAUCGAAAAGGGCCUCAGCAUUUAAGUUUGUAUCCCUGUACAAAAUAUGGACAAAUUACUGCUAAGAGUGAAACAUUGUUUAUUGGUGUCGAUUAUUUUAUGCUGACAGAAUUGCUUAGACUCCGAAAUAAAUCACCUUCGUAUCAAAAACAAAACAAGAUGAAGCUAUUUUAAUACCGUCGAUAUUACCUGCAAUAUGCCUGACAAAAGAGGAUUUUAUGUUUAUGACGAUUAACGACUUUCUAAGCUUCUUCUAGCUUCAGACUCAUAAUUUUACCAUACCAACGCAAAAAUACUUGAAAGAUCAAAAGGGGAAAAAUAUAUGUAUUCGAAAAUGAUUCAUGAUGUAAGCAGGAUUAAUCUUGUCUCUUCCAUGUUAGGUUGUUCUCAAAAUUUAAGAGAAGCCUAUGGGGAAAUAUCCUAUUCGCCAAACAACUACUAUUAUCUUCGUUGUUAUCUAAGCAUCAUGAGAGGUGGUAUACCUGACGCUGUAGCUGUUAUAUCUGUGCAAGAAAUAAAUCUUGAAUACUGCAGGUACAAAAAAUCGGUUUUUAAGCAUUUUCAGGAAUAGCUGAUACGUCUCGUAACAUGUACCUUUUCAUUUUGAAACCAUUAUUGAGGUAGUUUUCUUUUAUUCUGACCAUUGAGUUACUUGAUAUAUUUAUUUUUCAUUUCGAUCUACUUCCCACCAAUCUUUUGCUCUUAUUUCUGCAAUUUCCAAAAUUUUACUUACAAGUUACUCAUAUUGAGCAACCAUUUUGUUGUCUAAUAAACUGCUGACAAAUAGCUAACGUUAGAAUCUGGUCAUGUCCACAUUCCGAAAAAAAAAACAGAUGAUUAGUCAGUUUAAAUUUUCUCUUAAAUUUAAGAUGAAAUUUACGAGAAAUGUACGGUUUUUCCCUCAGCUUAUUUACUAACCUUUUGAAUGAACUCUUUCGAAUCUUUUAGCGAAUACACAAAGAUUACAGAUGGAAACGGCACUGAGGUUUUAUAUUAUAAUGGCUGCAAUGAAAAAUUUGCUCCAGAAAUCCUCUUUGAUGUGCAUUUUGGUUUGUCCAAUAACAUUUCAAUUCAAGUAUACACAUAUGGUUCAAGCAGUAGUAUCAAAAUAGAGUACGCCAUUUUAAGGCAGAGCCUGUCCUCGGGUAAGUUAACUUCAGCAGCCACACAAUUUUUUAGCGUUCUUAUCCAUUUUUUUUUAUUUCUUUUCCAAUUUUUUCACUUCCGUUCCUAAAACUUUAGUUUCCCACUGUUUUGAAUUCUGUUACACGCCUUCCAGUUGCUGAAUAUCCAGCGAGAAUCCUAUACUCUGGUGGCUGCUUUUGUUAAAUCUCUCUAGGGAUUUAGUCACAAAUUAAUACAUGUGCUUCCUUAUCUUAAUAAUGCAAGUUAUCAAUAUCCUUACUUUUACCAUGAACACCACUGUUACUAUUACUACUACAACUGCUACUUCUAUGACCACCACCACCACCACCACUACUACUACUACUACUACUACUACUACUACUACUACUACUACUACUACUACUACUACUACUACUACUACUACUACUACUACUACUACUACUACUACUACUACUACUACCACUACCACCACUACUACUACUACUACCACAACUACCACUACUACUACUACUACUACUACUACUACUACCACUACUACUACUACUACUACUACUACUACUACUACUACUACUACUACUACUACUACCACCACCACCACCACCACCACUACCACUACUACUACCACUACCACCACUACUACCACUACUACUACCACUACCACCACUACUACUACUACCACCACCACUACUACCGCCACCACCACUACCACCACCACUAUUACCACCACCACUACCACCACCACCACCACCUACUUCUUCACCACCACUUCCACUACUACCUACUACACCACCACCACCACCACCACCACUACUACCACCACCACUACCACCACCACCACUACUACCACUACCACCACCACUACCACCACCACUACCACUACUACUACUACUACUACUACUACCACCACUACUACUACUACUACUACUACUACUACUACUACUACUACUACUACUACUACUACUACUACUACUACUACUACUACUACUACUACCACUACUACUACUACUACUACUACUACUACUACUACUACUACUACUACUACUACUACUACUACUACUACUACUACUACUUCUACCACUACUACUACUACUACUACUACUACUACUACUACUACUACUACUACUACUACUACUACUACUACUACCAUCACUACUACUACUACUACUACUACUACUACUACUACUACUACUACUACUACUACUACUACUACUACUACUACUAUUCCUAGUAGGAACAGAUGAAUUUUCCAAGGUCGAACAAUAUCAGAAGAAAACAAUGUAGAUGCAGCAGAAUGAUGAUAGUUAAUAUUGAUAAACUUUUCUUUCGUAGCCGUUAUCGUCUCCGGAUGGAAUUUAUCUAUAUCAAACUCUGAUUCCUUUGGUGCCACACUUCAAUGGACAAGCCUCGAUGCAGAAGUAAACCAUCAAGCAAAUUUCUACAUAAUUGAGGUUAAAAGCAUGGAUGGCCUUCCAUUAGACGUCCAUACUGUUCCAGGAAAUACCACAACGUCAGUCAUUAAGCGACUCAAACCUUCUACAAAGUAUCGUGUGGUUGUUUUCGGAGUAGAUAAAAAUGGGACACCCUAUAAGAGUUUACAAAGCAUUCUUACUACUUCAAAGGGUAUGCUAAAUUUUUUUUCAUAAUACGCAAGGAGCUAAGUGCUAAACUUAUAACUUUAAGUCUUAGUGAGGUAGGCUUCCUGUCCAAGUACAAAGCAGGAAAUUUUCCCUUGAUCAACCAUUUCAAGUCCUCACUGCCGCUUAAAAAAGUUCAAAAAAUGUUAGAACGACCAUAAUGAACUAUGAUGUCUUCCCCUAGUGAUCUGCGGAACUCGACCCAGUUCGAUGCGCAUCGUCGGUGGCACAGUUGCUAUUAUAAACAGCUGGCCGUGGCAGGCGAUGCUGUUACAGUAUGGAAGCCAAUUCUGUGGAGGUUCAUUAGUGGAUCCAUACUGGGUAAUCACAGCAGCUCACUGCGUUCAAUGGAAAUCGCCAAGUAACGUCAAAGUAAGGUAAAUGGGAGAAAUUAACAUUCUGUUAACUAGAGCAAAAACGACUAGCAUCUGUAAGUCAUCAGUGAGAAACAUUAUUAGGAAUAUGAUAUUGAACUAUCGUAAUAAGGCUUAAGAUAGUCUCAGACCACGAUCAAUGAGCAAGUCUAAUUAUUCGUUUCAUGCAUGUAGGCUGGGGGCCCAUUACAGGACAAGUGGAAGUGUUGGGACAGAACAAGAUAUAAGCGUCUCAAACAUUAUAGUCCACGAGAACUACGGAAGUCCAAAAACGUAUAGUAACGACAUAGCUCUUUUAAAUCUCGAAAACCCUGCUGCACUUGGAGUGGGAGUCGGACUUGUCUGCUUGCCGGAUAUUGGAAAUAUCCUUCCCGUUGACCUAAAUAAAACAUGCUGGAUAACAGGUUGGGGAAAUCUGUACUCAGGAGGAUACCAACCGAAUACCCUAAUGCAAGCGUCUGUGCCGCUGGUGUCCAAACAACGUUGUUCGAAUGUUUAUCCCGGAAAAAUCGACGACUCGAUGCUCUGUGCUGGUUUGGAUCAAGGUGGAAUUGACACCUGUCAGGGCGAUAGUGGUGGACCGCUGGUAUGCGAGUUCAACGGCACCUGGUAUCUUGAGGGUAUCACCAGCUGGGGAUACAGAUGUGCUCAAGCUUAUAAGUAUGGCGUCUACGGCAAAGUGCGGGCCCUGGAUUCUUGGGUACGUGCCAAUAUCUAUAAGGUGGCUCCACCAAGUACAAUACAGCCGCACAAUCAGUCUUCGGUUUCUUUAGGUAAGAACUGCCUCUUUCUACUCUAAAACAUUAAUUUUUAAAGAAAAAUACACAAUUUCAAAUGUUCAAGCCAUUGAAUUUUGAAUUUUAAGAAAAUGAGGACUUCACAUCAUUUGUAAAAGGCGAUGGUAAUCCUAACAAUGAAUGACCUUUAUCUACCAUGCUGUACUUAUUAACUACAGCAAUGUUACAACCUUACAAGUUUCUAAAUAUAACCAAUCAGUAUCUUUAAACCUUUAAAGGAAAGGGAAAAUUGAGAAAAAAACAUAAAACAAUGAUCAUCAUUUUCUCCAAUUGCGUUAGUUUGGUGCAGUUUUGACAAUGGUUUGUGUUCUGGAUGGAGCCAAUCCUCUUUCGAUGACUUUGAUUGGACGUUGGGGUCAGGGCCGACGCCAUCCUCUUCAACAGGUCCCAGUUCUGGUCAAGGAGGAUCAGGUUAGGCGUGAACUUGAAGAAACAAAUGAAAGAAAUGUAGCACUAAUGAUAUAGAUAAUUUUUUUUCCUUUAAGAUUGCAAAAACUUCUUUGAAAUUAAUUUGUCUAAAUUAAUGUCUAAACUGAUAUGUUUCAAAAACCCAUUAAAGAACCGUGAUUUACAUUUACCAAUGAAGUCGCUAGAGAGAAUCAAGCAAAAUAUCAAGGGCUCUUUUGAGAAUGUUUGAUAAGACUCGAAUAGUUAUUUUCGUGAUGGUAUUUUUUUAUUAUAUGUAUUUUUUGAUUGUUUGACAAACAGAUAUUGCAUUACUCCUUAUCCCUUUUUAUAUUCAAAAUAUUUUUAUAUGUUUAUGUUGCUGCUUUAGGAAAUUAUAUUUACAUUGAGACGUCCUCGCCGAGGAAACCCGGAGAAAAGGCAAAGAUCGUGGUCACAGCCCCCAAAAAAGGGAAAAAAGCGUGUCUUUCAUUCUACUAUCAUAUGUAUGGAGCUUCCGCGGGAAGUCUUAAUGUUUACAACGGAAAUGACACAGUCUUUAAUGUAUCAGGAAGUCAGGGAAACAGAUGGAUGAUGGUGGAAAAAAGUAUACACCUUAAUAGCGAGGCAAGUAAUGUCUGGUUUCCCAAUAACCGUUCCUCUUCAUCCUUAAGAAUGAAGAUAUCAAUAUCAAGUAUAAACAACGUGUUAUCACAUAUCAUAGCUUCUUAAAGGGUCGAAAACCUACCAGCCAUAAAAGAGAUAUGGUAUCCGCUGCGGGAUCCGAUGCUUACAGUCAGUGGAAAAUUACUUGAAAAGCGAUAAAAUGCCGUUCGAUGACAAAAAAUUCCAAGUUAUAUCUUCAAAAUUUCUAAUUAUUUUUCCUAGAGGGUAGAUGUGACAUUGCCUCGGAAGUGGGAAGCGGAAAAGAGAGGAUAGAUACAAGUGAUAGCAUAUAAUAUUUUUAAUUCAGCUUCCUAAUAUUUUACAUGUAUGACUGCAGGUGCUUACAAAAAAAAAUCAGGGUAUGUUUUGCUUUGUAACGUAAUAGUAGUUUAUAUAAAGUUUUAACUGAUCAUGAUCAUAAAUAUGAACGCUGAUUAGUGAAUAUUUGCUACGCCUUCCUUACAGAUUACAUUUGAAGGAGUAAGAGGAAGUUCUUACACUGGUGAUAUCGCCAUUGAUCAAGUACUGAUUACCGAAGGAAACUGUCCAGGUAAAUGGAAAUUUAAUUUUUUCUUUAUUUUGUUUUGUUUUUGCUUGGUUGUUUUCCCUUUCUUUGGAAUAAAUAAUCUCAAUUUAUAUGUAUUUUGCUAGUCGACAUAGAAUCAUAAUACUGUAACAUGUAAUCCUUGACGACAGACAAGAUUAAUUUAACCCUAUGAUAGCUAAACGAAGAUGCUUUUGCUCAUCACAUACUAAUACAUUCAAGACUAAGGGGCCAUGAUUUUCCAGUGGUAGGCAACUUACAGAUACAAGGAUAUAACUAAAAAUUUAAAGAUAUAGCUCUUGUCGCAAGAAUGAUCUUGAAUUCCACGGUUGAAUAUUAUACUUUUUCUUUUACACUUUUGUUCUAGUUUCAUGUAGCUUUGACAAUGGGUUGUGCCUUUGGUGGAGCCAAUCCAAUUCAGAUGUCUUUGACUGGAAGCUUCUUUCUGGUUCCACGCCAUCAUCUGGCACGGGACCUUCGUCAGACCGGAGUGGGACAGGUUUGCGAAAUCAAAUUGAGAAAUUUAAUCAUCAAACGGUCAGUCGCAAUCGCUAUUCUCAAAAAAAUACAAAUGUCUGUAGCUUCAGCAUGAUCAUAAAUUAUUUCACGCCUGGUGCACCUCCAAGGAUUGAUUUCUUCCUAACAAACCAUUUUCAAAAUAUCGUCCCAAUAAAUGAAAUAAUUUGAUCUUUCUCAGCCAUAGACCAGAAAUAACAAAAAAAGAUGGGUAUAAUAUAUAUAUAUAUUUUUUAAUUAUUAUUUUACAGGAAUGUACAUGUAUACUGAAGCCACAUAUCAGUCAAAGGGUGAUAAUGCAAGGCUCGAACUUUCGGUGCCUAGCGGAAGAUCAUCAUCUUGCCUUACGUUCUACUAUAACAUGUACGGAAUAUCAAUGGGGACGCUUAAUGUCUUCAAUGGAAAUGACAAAAUAUUUACUAAGUCUGGAAAUCAGGGUUCCUAUUGGAAGAAAGUUACCAAAACUUUGCACCUGAGCGACGUUGUAAGUUGACCAUUAUUUAUUUUAGAUUACCAAAAGAUGCCCCACCCUGUACUUCAAGUCAUGUAUUUCCGUAAUUCGCGUUUACUUCAUAUAAAUCCCACAGCUUUUCUCUUCAGAGGUCGAACACCUUGAUAAACUAGGAUGAUUUGUAAUCAUCAGCUUUUUAUUAGAAAUCAUCAAGGUUCAUGGAAAAAAAACGCAAAAAAGGUAUAUAUACGAAUAGAUGUAUUAAUAGGUAAAGAGCGACACCGAACAUACUUUUGCAAUGGAUUCCUAUCAGUCUAAUGUCUUUUUAAACUAAAAACGCGAACUACUUACUUGAGUUGGCCUUAAUUUAAAUUUUUUUUCCUUUUCAAUAUUUUUGUGGCUGCCUCUUUAGUUGACAUUUGAAGGAAUAAUAGGGACGUCGUUCACAAGUGAUAUUGCUAUUGAUGAUAUCGCAAUAAGCGAUGGAAAUUGUCCAGGUAUGGUUUGCGUAGAAGACAAAAUUGUGUCGAGUCUGCUCUAACUCCCCAUUUAUGCUUUCAGAAACCAAAUGAAAUAUGUAACUAGACGCUGAGAGCGUAGAUAAGUAUCUGGUAGGUGACAGAGUCACUUAUUGAAACCCCCAAAAAAGUCCACGAUGAAAGCAAAUAGAACUACAGUGGAAAAUCUAAUCUAGCAUCAUUGAAAAUUGGCAUAAGUGUCCAAAGGAUAGGAUUAACCUUCGAAAAACCAGCCCACCAUGGUCAUCUUAGGGGAUAAUACUUGAAGUCAGCUCAUAUAAUGAAAACUGGAUUAUAUUUUCUGUCAAUGUGGCCUUCAUGGCACGAAUGCGAAAUUGGCGGAUCACCACCAUUUUACCAGAUGCCAUGGCCAGUAAAUUUGCAGAACUAAGUUUAGAUUAAACGUUAGACAGGGAUAACGCAUUUCCAUACGCUACUGCUUAGGUUGUGGCGGUGUUUUAAAUAAAUCUUCUGGAGUGGUGCACCUUGCUAACACUGGGAACGAGGACGAGACGCAUUGCAUUUGGACAAUUGGCAACGCCGGUUUAAGACAAUCAUAUGCAUGGUUGUCUCUUCAAAGAAUAUACCUUGGAUAUUGCAGGUAUUGUUAUUAUCCUUAAUAGUGAUUUAUUGAAUUCCUUGCAUACGCACUCACAUAAAUAAUUUAAAUUAAUUAAUUAAAUCAAAAAUAUUACAUAGCAACUGCUAAAAGUGUGAAAUGAAUUGAAACCCUUAGAGUCUUUUGGCAAUUUAUUCCAAGCGAGGAUAGUCCUGUUGCACUGCAUAAAUACAGAACUUCAGAGCUACCCUACAAAGAAAUCUACGUAGAUAAACUGAGCAUUUUUAAAUAAUUUCCUUCCCCAAGCCCCCUUUUUAUUUUGUCACCUUAUUGUUAACUUUAUAGUGAGUAUGUCAAGGUCUUUCACGAAGAUGGAACUGAACUAUUUACCCGAGAAGGUUGCCAGUCUUCGCUUCCAUACGGCACUUCACUGGAAAUUCCCUUUGGUGUCUCAAGCCAUCUGACAGUUGACAUUUCCCUUCAGUACAGAUGGAGCGCAGUCAGCAUACAGUAUAUUAUCUCAAAACAAGGAUAUAAUUCUGGUAUGAUUCUAUAUUCGUUGCAAUAUGAAUGCAUUUUUUUGCAUAUUGGAUUGUAAUCCAGACAAAAGAUAUGAAUCGAGAUCGUAAGGUACUAUUUCGAAUAGACAGGGAAAUUUGAAAGUUUGUUUUAUCACAUUAUUUUAAAUUUUAGUUAAAUAGAUUUUAUUCCAGACAAAAGCUAUGGAUCAAUAAAUAUCCAAGUACCAUUUCGAAAAAACUGCGAAUUUUGCUCACCAGAAAGCGACUGUUGAUGUUCUAUGCCAAAAAGCGCGUCAUGUGUAACUGCGUAAUUAAGAUCGAGCUUUGGUAGUGGGACCUCUCUUUUGAGCAAAAUGAAAGAACUGAGAUCAGUUUCCAUAUUAACAUGGGUGUUUGGAACAAGAUUUUAUGUCCGCUUUUUUUUUUCUACAAUUUAUCCAUCGAUUGGUAUAUAAUUUUUAUCAGCCAUUUUCUUAAUAAAAGUGUAUUCUGAUUUCACAGCCAAACCAAUAUUCUCCUGGAAUAUAACUGUGGACAGUAUAACAUCAUCCUCAGCGACGGUGCGCUGGUCAAAUUUUCCGCUGCCGCUCUCAAUCAAUCACUAUUUGGUGAGGUUCAAGGAGGUUUCUGGUUUCGGCACACUAUUCCAAGUCAGUAGUCACAGCAACUAUUAUUACACCAACAUUCUCAAGGGAUACACAUCUUAUGAUGUUGAAGUUUUAGCUGUGACCACCAGCGACGGAAAUGUUACAUAUUCUAGCAAAACUGUAUCAAUGAAGACAGCAGAGGGUGGUAAGUGCCUCUAUGAUAUUUGUAUUAUGUUGAAAUCGAUAACAAAACCGUCUCUUUUGAAAUCGGAGUAGAUCUUGACACGAAGCAAUCCUAAAUUUUCUCUCUAGAAUAUCUAGUGCGAUACGCAAUUUCUGACAAUAUUCCAUGACAUUGCCAACCCUAAGCGAAAGAAACACUUGGUUCUGAUUGCUCUCAAAUUUAUGACAUUAUAAGAAACUACCUCAAAAUAUUGAUACAAUCUGUCUUUAUGGUAGUACAUAAGCAUAAUAGUACUCAUCGUUUCUUAGCAAAUUUAAACUUUUAAACUACAUGAACAAUGAUGUAGUGAACAAACAGAUUCUAUGCAUUUACUUAGGCAAUAGAAAUCUUCAAAAUGUGGCAAGGAAAAGAACAACCGGACGCGAAUGCGUCACAAUGUUCUUUAAACAGUUUUACUUCCUCCGCGAUUAUGAAUCUGGCGACUGGCGCAUAAAAGCAUGGAGGUCUUCUAUUAAUUUAUCACCUAACAGAUAAUAACCGUUAGCACCAAUGAAUGAUAACUGUUGUGUAAAUAUGUAUUUUGCAGUUCCCAGCCGAGCUCCGUCGAACGUUCGUGCGGCAAGCCAUGGAUUGAAUGAAUUAUUGAUUCGGUGGGAUCCACUCCCUCACCAAUACGCCAAUGGUCGACUCUUGGGUUACAAAGUUUAUUAUAAAAACACCGACUAUUACUACUCGUCAGAGAUAUCUGUUAAUACGAGCAACGCUGACGAAACACAGGCUGUACUAGGUGGUGUACAGACAGGCAGCCGUUACAAGAUUUCUGUAGUAGCAUUUACUUCGAAAGGGGAAGGACCCCGAUCUCCAGAUCUCUACUUAACGAAGGGUAAGGACAAACUCAGUGCCGAAAAGCUAUUAUCAGAUUCUCUCUCUCUCAAAAGGUGCGAAUUAAGCACUGACAAGAGACGUCGAUAUUCGACACAAGGCUAAAUUGGUUCCUACUUAUGGAUAAAUCACUUUCUCAAUUAUCUAAUACUAUUAGAACAUUACAUCAGAAAAUUGCAAUCUACUGUGGACUUAGUUCGCCUCAACAUAUCAUUGACUCUGGAAUCACAAAUAUGAACGGAACGCUCUGCUUCUUGAAGCUCUAUCAAAGCAUUAUUGACUGUCAAAAUUUGAUUUUUCUUUAUUUCUUCGUAUCACUGUCAGAAUAUAUUAUAGAUUUUUAGCGCAGAAUGUUUUUUUUUUUAAUUUAAGGAAAAUAGUGUUAUGUGAUAAUCAAAUUUCAGACGGGAGGUCCUUAGUUCGUAGUUUCAUAUUAGCAAUUUGAAUGUAUUUACGAAGGGAAUUGACGUAUCGUGUUGCACUUUCCUUCACUCCAGAUUGCGAAGGCAUUGUAAACCAAGUAUCUGGUUGGUUAUAUUUUAGUAAUGUGCACUACAGCACUCUCAACUGCAGUGUUCAAGUACAAAACGCUGGAAUCCAACAUGGAUCGGCCCUUAUUUCCUUUCCGAGCAUAUACUUUGGAUAUUGCAGGUAGCUUGAUGGAAGUCAAUCCUGAUUUUAUUUCUCUGCAUUUAUUUAAAGAUAAAUGACAGACCACUUUCACUGGCCAAUGUAAAACCGAGAAAUUGGCCUAUUUUUUUAACCGAUUAGUUUACCUUCACUAAGCACUGACGUACAUUGAUCUCGUCGUUUUUACGAGAACUGAAACACAAGUUUUUACUAUGAAAACAUAACCGAAUUAACAAUCAUUUGCAAAAUGAUAGGGUUGCCAGACAGUUACACGAUUCACGAGUUGUUUCUCGUUUUUUGCUUCAGUCCUUCUGUACUGACUCGGUGUCUAUAAUUAUUUCACCUUUAGCGAGUAUAUCAAGAUUUUUGAUGCCAAUGGUGUUCAGGUGUUCCAUCGUGGGGGAUGUGAUUCCACAACUAGCGGAUUGUCCGUGGAAGUCCCAUUUGGUGAUGGGCAUAGUAUUACGCUCGCAUUUCUUUUUUCGUACCGGUAUAGUUACGCCAGUGUCCAAUACGCGAUAUUAUAUCAACCCCUAAGCUCAGGUAACAAAAAUUUUGAGUUUAUUUAAAUUUAGAAUUCCCUAAAAAAUAUUGAAAAAUUGGAAAAUAAUAAUAAAGAUACGAAAUCGUCAGAGUGUAAAAAUAAAAGGGCAUAGAAGGGCUAACUCGUGGAGAAUCGAAAUAGAUUUCCCAGAAAGGAUUCAAAUAAUUUUUAUCAUUUUCUAAUUGUUUUCUCUCGACUUGUAAGACUUAUUUAUAAUCUACAACUAUUCCUUGCAGCUCAAUUGCUCCCAUCUUGGAAUAUCAGUAUCUCUGAUACUACAACCUCGUCGAUGACAGUGCAAUGGUCCAACUUCCCCAUGACAAGUCAGUCCAUUCAACGACUUUUAGUGAGCUACAGGGAGCACAAUUCAAACGUCAGCCUUAUUUUUGAGACUCAAAGUUAUUACAAUACACAUUACACUGGUAAGGUUCUUAGGAGUUACCAAUACUAUGACGUGCAAGUAAUUGCUGUGGCGUCAAAUUCUAGCAAUGGUACAUUUUCCAGUAGGAAGGAGAUCGCAAGGACAAACGAAGGAGGUAAACUCAUUCCAUUCUUUCGUGGUUGCUUAUCUUCUUUGGAUGAAAAUAAUUUGUACUUACUCCUUGUCAUCUUUCUCUUCCUUCUGCCUUUCAGUUCCCAGCAGUGCACCAUCAAAUGUACGCUUGACAAAUCUGCAGUCCCAUGAGGUGAAGGUUCAAUGGGAUCCCAUACCUCCCGAGACGGCUAAUGGAAUAUUGCUGGGAUAUAGAGUGUUCUAUCAAGAGUACUGGUAUUCAGGUUUGCUUCAAAGCAUGGAUACCAACAGCCCCAAAGUUCACAUGCUGAUACUAAGGGGUCUGAAGUCAGCACAGAGAUACCAAAUAUCGGUGGCAGCAUUUACGUCCCAAGGAGCAGGAUCGCAGUCAUACUUGCGAUACAUUACAACAGGUCAGUUAAAACGCUUCUUUCCGAAUAAAUCGAUAUGGUAAACUCGUCUUUUCAAAAUAUUUCCCAUACCUUAAAUCGUGAACCUUUUUAACUUGAUUCUGACAGGUCCGUUGUGUAUUCGCCAAUUAUGAUAUCACUUCUUAGCAGACUAUCGGCAUUUCUAGUGCGUAGAAGUUUUAACAUUGCCCAUUAUCGUAUCUUCUUUUGGUAAAUUCUUAGGUUGUGGUGGACCAUUAAACCAGUCAUUUGGACAGGUGCACAUUGGCUCAAACAGAAACUACUACUAUUUAAGCUGCACCUGGAACAUCGUAAAUGUGGGCAUACAGCGAGCAGUCGCCUUCAUUUGGAUAAAUGACCUAUAUUUUUCUUAUUCAUAGUAAGUAAAACAAGAUGUGCUGGUGUUCAUUUUGAAAAUAAGCAUCUAAUGCCAACUUUAUAUCUGCACAUAAAAUAAAACAACUUCAAUUCCAUGGGCACCAAAAUGAGUUUAUAAUCUCUUAAUCGGUACCAAAUCAGUUCUGUCAACCAUUCUCGUUUAACGCAACCCUACAGUUCGAAGUGGCUGCGUCUCUUGACAUUAGCUAUUGAAUUUCUAUGAGUGUCGCUUUGGACAAUCUUGAACAGAUCGGAUUGCUUACGUUGGACGACGUUCUCCAUUUUUACACGAGGCGUAGUGCACAGGCGUGCUUUAUACAUUACGAAGACGGCAACUUGGCAUAAAAAGUUUUGCACUUUCUAAAAUUGAUAAACACCUGCCAGACCGUUAUUUAUGAGGUUUUACUUCUUCACAAGGAAAGAGAAAAACGAGCGAGCCUCUACGCAGAAAAAAGGAAUGGGGAGCGGAAAAUUAUCAGGGUUUUGUUAAAAAAGGUUACGGGGAGUCUAAGGUAACAGGCAUCCCAUCAAAGAAAAAGAGUAUUUUUUAAGUCGCUUCAUAUCACAGAAACCAGAUAUUACGUUAGGCAGUUAUGGGACCCUUGGCCUGUAGAGAUUAACCUUAAUUUAACAUGAGUAAUUGUUUAUGUUCGCAGUGACUAUUUAAAGAUCCUGGACGGAAAUGGCUCUGUAGUUCUACAUCAACAUAGGUACUCUGGUAUUCAGGAGAACAUUCACUUAGAAGUUGAAUUUGGAAACGCUGAGAACAUCACCAUCCAAACCUCCCUUUCGAGUUCAUACAGUCACUUUCAGCUUAGCUACGGGACUUUGAAAGGAGGCCUCCAGUUAGGUUGGUAUUGGGAAUAUCGAUCUUCCACAGAGUCAAUUACGUUAUUAAUUGUAAUUGGUUACCCCUCUGUAUCACCCGAAACAGGAGGACUUUUCUUUUCUGUUAAAGUAAGCCUCGUUUUCAAAUCUUGUUAAACUACAGAAUUCAGUACAUGUUAAAUACCCGAAGCUUUGUUUUACCGAGUUGAAUACGUUCACGUAGGUCUUCUCAAUUCAGAAACUCGUAUCACUGGAAGGUGAAACUUCUAAAUAAGCGACAAAAUGGCAAUCUGAAUAAACAUGAAUUGAAGUUAUGACCUUCCGGUUAAAGGAGAAGGUUCCAUCACAUCCGGAUUGGUUUAUAAAAACAUUAUGUUACUGAGGGUGAAGCCAUACUUGUGAGAAUAUUUUUUUUUAGUUUGAUAAUCACAUUCAACAUCCAAAUGAAACCUUUUUCCUUUGCGGAGAAGUUAUCACAGUCCACCCAGAACUUUGCCUUAUGCAUGCCUUGUUAACCAUUGACUUAUCGACUUCCAGCUUUGUCGACUGCAAAUUGGAACGUUACAGUCGAAAAUGUCACUUCUACAAGUGUCAGCGUCUUCUGGAUGAAUCUGGAAUUAUUGAUUGGUGAACAAGUUUUGCAUUACAUCACUUUAAUAAGAAGUGCUAAUGGUAGCAGUGUCUUAAAUGCUCUGAUCACGAGUGGAAACACCACGUCUGGGAAUAUUUCCGGGUUAUCAGCGUACACGGAGUAUCAAAUAACCAUUGUUGGCGUUGGAAGUGACGGGCAAGCGCACAACAGUUCAAAUUCAACAUUUUGGACAGAAGAAGGAGGUAAAAUUCACCUAACUUGUCAGCUCCGUAAAUUUAUCGUUUCAUUUUCCAUUUUCCAGUUUCCAGUUUGCGUUGUCUAGUUUUCAGUUUUUAGCUUUCAGUUUCCAGCUCGUUGUGGUAACGAGAGCAACCCUGAUUCAUAUUUCGAAUGACUCACAACUGAAAAAGUUGCAUUCAAUUAUAUUUUAAGGACAUUUCUAACCCGUUGAUAUAAAUAUUGUAUCAUUAGACAUUUCGGAUGCUGCACUACCGAAUGUACAAUAUAUGUUACAAUUAUUCGUUCCAUCGGACUCUUCAUAGCCGAUUGGCAAGUGACAUUUUUCUCUUUCCACACCAUGGAAAUAACGUGAAUUAAUUUUCCUUUUUCAGUUCCCAGCAGAGCCCCGUCCAGUGUUCGACUGUCGAACCUACAGCAAAAUGAGAUACAAGUACAAUGGGAUCCACUUGCACAGCAUUAUGUAAAUGGACGACUACAGGGAUAUAGAGUGCGUGUUUAUGAGUAUGAAUAUUACUAUUAUGGAUUGCUUGUACAAACUUUGGAGACCAUUGGCCCCAAUGUUCACAUGAUGAAAGUAGGAGGUCUGAAAAAUGCACAGCAGUACAGAAUAAGCGUGACAGCUUUUACUUCGAAGGGGGAGGGCCCACAAUCUUACUGGCGAUACAUCACAACAGGUAUUUUCUAAAAUAGCAAUCUCAAAAUACACAAAAUUAGGUCAUGAGGAAUUUUGGAGAUUCUCUUUGAUAUAGACAUUGCAGUUAAAAGAAGCUGCCGAAGAUUUUGAAGAUUUUAUUCAAAAAUCGAUAACUCACAUACAUUACUGUUUUCAACUAUUAUUACAAUAUGAGUUUUCAAACCUAUCUACAACAAAACAAACGUCGUUUUUAUUGAUGAUGGUGAUAGUUAUACUUGAAAAGUCUUUGAUCGAAGUACUGUUAACUACUUCGGCGAAUUAACUUGUUUGCAUCAGCGUUAGGUGGCUUACUUAUAACUUUUUGCACAUUGUCAUCUGCUUUUAAUCCACUACUAUAAAAUAAGUAGUUGAUGUGAUGGUGUCAAAUGCUUUUCUAGGUUGAACGCAGCCUAGAAACCAGGAAGAACAUAAGACAAAGAAAUAAAGUGUAGUUAUACAAAAAUAAUUCUUUUCAUUUCCGGAGAUGUUUUCUUAUGUCUUGCCGUCUUCUCUUCCCCAGGAUGCGGAGGAAGCGUAAAUCGGUCAUUCGGCGUGAUACAAGUUGGACGAAGGGGUUACUAUUCAAGUUCUCUUAGAUGUAACUGGGCGAUUGGAAACUCAGGAAUCAACCAAGCCGCCCUGAUUGUAUCUUUUGAAGAUCUGUAUGUUUCAAGCUACUAGUAAGUGAUGCAGAUUAUUAGCCCUGAGACACUCUACCAUGCUGUGCAACCUCUUAACCAUUUAUACUCUAUAGUUGAUUAGAUAAAUGUAGAAAAAUACUUGUAAAUCUUCCUUGAAAAAAAGGGAAAUCGUUGGAAAUUGCCAAAUUAAAAUCUGAUGAUUAAUCAAAAAAUUUUAAAUUUUAACCAUUUAAAAAAGAUUAGUUUCUUUCAACCCGAGUUACCUUUCCUACGAAAUACUUUACAGACCCUGUAAGAUACGGUGAUGGGGAAGGUGGUUCGUGUCAUUUUUGUUGUUGUUAUUGGGUGAGACAAAUGAACCUGGUAAGGGACUAUUUCACUAUGGGGCUGCUAUAGCUGUAACAUCAAAGCAUUCUCACGAUCAGACAAAAACAUAUAUAUUUUUUUAGUUUCAACCAAGUUUGACAACCUUUUAAAUCGAAAUUUCAGCCUCACGUUUACGUAGCUCGUGGAUUUAGGGAAUAUUCCUUGAGCUUCUUCCCUUUUUUAAACGGGUUUAAGUACUGGCCGACGCACGUACCCUAGUCUCAUCAGUGUCAUGUGUCUAUGGAAAACGUUUUUCUUUACUUUGACAGUGAGUAUGUAAAGAUCAUUGAUGGAAAUGAGCGAACAGUAUUUUAUCACAAUGGAUAUUCGUCUUCUCCUUUGAAAACUUUCUUACUCGUUAAUUAUGGGAGUGGAAAUAAUGUCAAGGUGCAGAUCUACUUUUACAAUUACUGGAGUCAGUUCAAGCUUAAAUACGGAAUCGUAAAUCAGGACCUUCAGUCAGGUGUGUUGUUAUUUCUGCACUAGAUACCUUGAACGACGAGAAUUUCCAGCUCGAAUCACUUCAUUUUUUAUUUGCAUUUACUUGUUUACCUUUAGGGUGUAAUACAUUAAUUCCAAGUGACUUCUUAUGUAAUUGUUAUUUCCGAUUCCGAUGAAUUUCACCUAUUUCCAGUAUAAACGUGUGCUUUGUAGUUGUACUCAGAACAAUACUCCACAAUAACUAUAAUGGAUUUCUUUGAUUUCUUAGCUGUAUUUGUCUCCAACUGGAAUGUAACCAUUGGAAACACCACAGAGAAAAGCAUCGGGAUCCAGUGGGAAAAUUUGAACGAAGUGCUAAAUCAGCAAAUUCUUCACCUCUUCGGUCUUCUGCAGACCUCCAAUGGAACCGUUUUGAACGCCAAGAUCAUGUCUGGAAAUAUGACUUCGGUUGUAUUCGAUGGACUUUCAUCUUAUCGACAAUAUUCUGUGGCUAUUAUUGGCGUUGACAAUAACGGACAAGCCUAUAAGAGUGCUAAUAUGACAGCCUGGACGGACGAAGGAGGUAAAUGUUGAAUACAAAUGCCAAUAAGUGUCACAAAGUUUAUCUCAAAAAAUAUUAUUGACACUAUUAAAAUGGCUGUGUGAUGGUUAUCUCAUCUCUCAUGUUCAGUUUCGCUAGUUGUGUACAUGCACAGCUCUUCUGAUGCGUAAUCAUAGAAACUUAAAAGGGGUAAUUUUAGUGCCUUCAAGAUAAUCAAGACUUUUCCACGGUUACACCAUAGAAUUACCUUACCCUUUCUUUGAUUUCACUUGUUUUUAUAUUUAAGCCGUGGAGGGAGUUUUUUCAGUAACAAAGUGAUUAUGAAUAUGCAUAAUCCGUAAUUUUCAACUCAACUUGUAAAUUUCAUCCAUAGGUAAACAUUUCGAAAUCUUCGCUUUUCUUCAUUUUCCUUUUUUUUUGUCUUCUAAAAGUCGUAUAAAUGCGACGAAAGAAACAAUGGAGAAAGGGUUCCCUGCACUACUUCAUCCCCCUCCUGUACAUGUUUCCUGACGCUUUGGAUGCCAGUUUCUCCGUCUGAUAGUUCUAGGAGCAAAAAUUGGCUAAAUAAAUAAAUAAAUGAUAAAUAAAUAACCCUUUUUAUCCCCUUUGUUUUUUCAGUUCCCAGCAGAGCACCGCUAAACAUCACCUUCACAAAUGUUGAGUCUACUAAGCUAACUGUCCACUGGGACCCUCUUUCACAGCAAUAUGUCAAUGGAAGAUUGCUAGGGUACAGAGUUUACUUCCAGGUGUUCACUUAUUAUUAUUCUCCGCUCAAGAAUAACAGCGUAACCGUCAACGCUACCAAAAUAACUUUGACAGGAUUAAAUCCAGUCCAACGGUAUGAUGUUUCUGUGGCCGCCUUCACUUCCAAAGGUGAAGGACCAAUUUCCUACCGCCGCUACGUCACGACAGGUAGGUCCAUAAACGAAUAUCACUUGCGAACAUGUAUCAAUAACAGAAUUGUUCUAGAAACAUUUAUCAAAACUGGACUGGGGCUUUCGCCAUUUUCCGAUCCCUACAACUUUGUGAUUUAGAUGAAAUCAACAAUUCACUCCGGUAGUCGUUGUAUCAAUGCUUUUGGACGUAGCCCUAGGAAAAUCAAAACGCGUGAGUUGCUGUGAUAAUCUGAACAUUUAUUAGCAAUUGGUUCAUACGUCAAAGCGUGCUGCGCCUCGAACAUUUAUUAACUCUUACGUAUCUUUUCGUGCUCUCAAACUUCCCGCGUGCUCUAUAUCUCGAUGAACCAAUUGUUUUAUAACACUUUCAACCCGAUGAAAAUUUUUUUUCUCAAGGUAUUUGUUUACUGACGUCAUGUCCGUGCACAAUAGGAAUAUGAAGCACGCUCGCGCAAUUAAAAUUUGAUUAGACAAAUUUGCUAGCUAUCAGUAUAAAGCAAUUUAUUAAGUAAGACUCGUUUCUAAAAGUCACAGAAGCGAUAAAUGAUAGUCUAUCAAAAAUAAUGUUUCAUUUUUUUUUCUUAGCUUGCGAGAUCACUUUAAACCAAUCCGCUGGACUGAUAGAUGUGAUACAUACAGAUUAUAAGAAUCUAUACUGCAACUGGACAAUCGGCAAUUUUGGAAUAACGAACGCGGCUGCCCUUUUUCUAUUCGACCAACUUGCCUUUGUUUCUUGCAGGUAAUUAAUAUAAGUUUUCAAUAAUAUCAUCACUUCAUGGCGAACCUUUUUCCAAAUAAGAACGUGUACUCGUAAGACAAGUAUCAUACAUCCUAUAAAAAAAUUAAAACAGUUGUAAAUCCACUUUUGAAAGCUGCUAAGAGUUUUUUAAGUCCUUAUAGCUUAUAAACAGAAGCCUCUUAAUUAGGAAAUUACGAAGGGCAUUUAUAGGUGUAGUAUAGCGCUCCUGUUGUGUGCCAGUUUCAGAUAUAGCACUAUUGUACAGUUACCACCAUUGUAUUAAUAACGAAGCUAUUUACAGCAUGCUGAAAAGGGUCGAAGAUUGAUGCCUUGUAAUUUGUUUGUUCUCAUCAUGUGAGCCAAGUAUCUUAACAUAGAUCUCCGGAAAAAAAAAAAACAACAUGAGGUGGACGGAGUCUUUCUCGGUUUUCACAGGAUCAUGAGAUAUCUAGAGUGAAAACAUAGAGAGAUAUCCAUCAUUCAUAUACCAACGGAAGUUUUUUUCGAAACGUAUUCUUGAGCUAUAGGUAUAUCUAUUGUCCAAUAUAUCUGAUAACUACUGCUGUCACAAUAGAAAUUUGUUACUUUUCCGAGAGAAACGAGCAUCGUGCUCUUUCUUUUUCCGCUAUAGUACAGGAAGGGCAUUUUAACUUUUGUGUUUUUUGCCAUUUAUUUCAGCGAGCAUGUGAAGAUUUUCAGCGGCAAUGGAACCCUCGAAUAUCACAAACAGGGUUGCUGUCCUAACAAUCCAGGAUCCUAUGUUGAAAUUCCUUUUAUGCGAUCCAAUAACAUUGCAGUCAAUAUUUUAUUGACUCAACUACAAAGUCGGAUAACAACUCACUUUGUGAUACUAAAACAUGGCCUACAUUCAGGUACGAAAAAAUGUUACUUGUCAUUGUGCUUUGAAUUUGCACAGUCUCCUUACUUUUUACAUCCUUUAUUAACAUCUCGUUAUUUGAUUCGAUUGCUGGCUCUAAAGGUUUGUUUUUUCCGCCUCUGGUGUCCAUUUCAUCGCUUGGUGUUACAUUUUAUGUACGAAAUUCUUCAGUUAUGCCUGAGAAGGAGUAACCACCUCUAUAAUUUUUACUCACCUCUGUAAUUUUUAGCUACUUAUACUCCUGGCUGGCUGGCAUCAGUAGACAAUAUCACAAGCUCAAGUAUUUUAAUUCAGUGGAAUAACCUAACCAGCUUUAUAAAUAGAGGGAUACUUCACUACAUCGUCCUUCUCUCAUCCUCCGAUAAAAGCGCACCACACCAUGCUAUUGUAGAUGGAAGUAGACUUGAUUUAGAAAUUAAUGGACUGGACCAUUCACAAAGCUAUCAAAUGGAAGUGUUUGGAGUGGACGCACUUGGCUAUUGUUACAAGACUCUGGAAGUGAAUGCUACUACGAAAAAUGGUAGGGUAAUACCGUACGAGCUCAGGUUUUUUCUACGUUACGCGUAUGAGUGGCCAUAGGAAGUUGUGCGGCCAAGUGUGCCAAUAAGAUGUAAACUAAAAUUGUCCGUAGAGCUUGCGGGAAGAGACUUUUAGCUGUGCACGAAUUGACUUGUUGACACUCUAUCGUAAAUCUACUCACAAACUGCCCUUGGGUAGCAGCAACUAUCUUAUUAAUUUGUGUGAAUUUAAUUCCCUAGCUCAGGUUAUACGAAGAUGGGAUGACGCUAUGCACUGGAUAAAUCGCCUUCCAGUGGACAGCAAAGAAUGUUUUGUAACAUUAAUCCGCUGGAUGGUGAUUUAUGCGUUGGAUAGCGUUAUCCGUCCUUUGAACAACUGGGCCCUGAUGGUGAUUUCCUUGUCGAGACCUACUCUGUGUCACGCUAUGCCGAGAGCUAUGGAUAAACAUCGCUUAAAGAUUCGGCGAUAAGAUGGGACACUAAGGGAUAAUUUUGCUCUAUUCGAAAAAUUAAUCAAAAUAGUAAUUUUAGACUUUAAUGCGAAGUACAGAUGCUUAUAAAUUUAUCAGGAUGGCGAAGAAAUCUCGGUCCACGCCACAAGGACUCAAGUCAGAAGCGAUCGCGUGGUCAGAUUCUCUAUCAAAUGAGUGACAGAGAAGGCCAUAGAAGGAUUAAUCUAACUUGUAAUAUAAUAAUUAGUAAUAUAUAGAGCCAGAAAAUGAUAAAAAUAUUCAAAGAGGUUCACUCUGAGACUUUUUGCUGAAUUGUUGCUUGGUUCUUUUCAGUGUCAUGCGGAUAUCGACCAAGUGGCAUGCGUAUUGUUGGUGGGUCAGUCGCCCCAAUCUAUAGCUGGCCCUGGCAGGCGAUGCUGCGGGACAGUUAUGGUUCGCAGUUUUGCGGUGGUAGUUUGAUACAUCCGUUAUGGGUUGUCACAGCAACUCACUGCGUAGAAGGAAAAUCCGCGUCGUCGGUGAAAGUCGUGUAAGGAGAAAAUUUGCUCCACGCUUACCCGUCUUUUAAACAUGAAGCAAUUGGCAAUCGAUAGUCCUAAUAGUUUAGCAAAAAGGGAAGUUUUGAAAAUGCACACAAUCCUGCACGCUGGAAAUUAAUUGAAAAGCUGGAAAUUUCACCCUUGAAAAACAGAGACUCAUAAAGGGAACCACCGUCAACUUUUCUGACAGGAUUUACUUUUCAACAGUGCAAUCAAACCUUGAUGAGCAGCAAGGUGACUAAAACCGUCUCCCAUAAACGGUUAACUGACACUCAAAAUGUUUUUCAAAGAUUUCUAUCGCAUACUUAACUCUGCAGUCUUUUGUUAUUGUACAAUUGAUAAGAUACAUUGUGCUUUGAUUGAUUUCAGAUUGGGGGCACAUUACAAAACUUAUGGUAAUGUCAGCACAGAGCAAAGUUUUGAUGUUAUAAAAAUAAUUGAACAUGAAAGAUACAAUAGUCCAAAUAGCUGGAGCAACGACAUAGCUCUACUACAGUUAUCAAAACCGGCUAAGCUUGGAAAAGGAGUUGGGCUUGUUUGCCUUCCGGAUACAAGUUUUCAGCUUCCUUUCGGUAAUCCUAACAAAAAGUGCUGGAUAACUGGCUGGGGUAGACUUUCGUACAAUGGAAUCUCUCCCAACGAGUUGAUGCAAGUUGAUAUACCUCUGGUAUCAAAACAGCGCUGUCUUGCGUCAUACCCAGGUAAAAUCGAUGACUCCAUGAUAUGCGUUGGCCAAGAUCAAGGUGGAAUAGGAGGUUGUCAUGGCGACAGCGGUGGACCACUUGUGUGUGAGUUCAGUGGAAAAUGGUAUCUGGAGGGAGCUACUAGUUGGGGAGGAUUGCCCUGCGCAGACCCAUUGAAAUACACUGUAUAUGCCAACAUUCGCCAUUUAAAGUCGUGGAUAACAAGCAAGAUGUCCUCUUUCCCUGUUCCUGCUUUAACGGCGUCCAACCUAUCAUGCAAUUUUGACAAUAGCCUGUGUUCGGGCUGGGAGCAGUCUUACUCAGAUGAUUUCGACUGGACGCGACGUUGGGGUUCAACUCCAUCUUCGUCCACAGGACCAUCCUACGACCACACUAGUGGAUCAGGUGUGUACUUGCUAUCAUACGAGUUAAUGGGCUGCACUAUCCAAGCUUAUCCUGACCCAGAAACUUAAGCGUUAAGAGACUAUUCAUUUACGUAAUUCACAUUCAAAAGAUAUUGGUCAAGAUUAUCCAACCGUCUACCAUUGCUAUGUAGAUAAACUAUUUUGAAAUAUAUAUUAACCUUUAAAGAUGAAUUUGUUUAAUCGACUGAGAUGAUAACGCAAGUUGACCAACAUAGUUGACGUUUGAAGCGUUAGUCAUUGGUCAGCUCUACUUCCUUACCUACUUACGUACUCACUCACUUACACUAAGCUAUCUUUCCGUCACAUUGGCCAUUCGAUAUAAACAAACUCGCGCGUUAAUGUUACCAAUGAAUUUUGCAGUACCUUAGAUAGAGACAUCAAUGUAAUUUUUUCAUUCGGUUCUGUUUUAUAUAUAUACGCAUACAUUUCGUUACUAUUCAGGAUAUUACAUGUACAUCGAGGCAUCGUCCCCUCGAGUUAAUGGUGAUAAAGCAAAGCUUGAGCUCCCCUUAUGCGGAAAUGGAGAUGAGGCUUGUCUUACAUUCUACUAUCACAUGUACGGAUACACCAUGGGGACCCUGAAUGUCUUCAGUGGAAAAAAGGUUGUAUUCAGUGCCUCAGGAAACAAAGGCAACUACUGGCAGAAGGCCGAAAGUACUAUUUAUUUGGACAAAGUUGUAAGUCACUAAUGCAAUAUCAUUGUUUUUUUUUUUUUUUUUUUUUUCAACACCCUCAUAAUCCCAGAUGUAAAUAACUCUUAUCUGAAGUGAUUGCUUAUCACAACGCAAUCUAAGCAGGGUGGUUUGUGCGAAAAUAUAAGUUCUUUGAUUACAGCAUGAAUAAUUCCAUAAGGUAAAGGAUCGUUGACAAAGUGGGGUAAAAGUUUAUUGUCCAGUUACACAGCUCUACAGUCGGUCUAUUAUAAAACGUCCUUUACUCAAAUUUUAUCCUAGGUCACGUUUGAGGGGAUAGUAGGAUCAUCUUAUGAGGGAGACAUUGCCAUUGAUGACGUUUCAAUUAAGAGAGGGCGCUGUCUUGGGCAGACAGCGUAUCCAACAUUACCUCCAACAGUUGUUACAUCACCAGGUGCGUAG